UUCCGCUACAAACUCUGACCGGAAGUGGAGCCAGCGGAGGUCUCGUUGUUUCCGGUGAUCUCGGGCUGUCGGCGGGACGGUGGAGCUUUAGCGUUAGCAGAGGAGCUAGCGUGUUUAUUAGCGGCGUAUCUUCAGUCCAAUGGGAGACAGCGAUGACGAAUUCGACAGGAGGAGGCGGGACAAGUUCAGGAGGGAGAGGAGUGACAUGGAGCGGUCGAGAGAGAGAGAGGAGAGGAGGAGGGACGACUGGCCCGACAGGGACUGGGAGCGUGGCAGAGAGAGGAGGCGGGACUACGACCGCGGCCGCAGAGAGAGAUUUUCCCCCCCACGACACAUCAGCCCACAGCACAAACGCAUGAGGAGAGACUGGGACGACCACCGGGGGGAGCCGUUCCGCUAUGACCUGCCAUACGGAGGAGGCGGGGGUCCGUUUCCAGGAGCGGGGCCUCAGGGGUGGCACCCUGACCUCCCCCACCUCCACCCGCACCCCGGAGGUCACCCGCUGCAGGGCAGGUUAGGGAUGGUGGACCCAGACCUCCCUCCUCCUGGUCCCCCCGUCAUGAGGAGCUUUAAGGAGUUUCUGCUGAGCAUGGAGGACAGCGUGGAUGAGACAGAGUCCGUCAAACGUUACAACCAGUACAAACUGGACUUCAGGCGGCAGCAGCUGCAGGACUUCUUCCUCCAACACAAAGACCAGGAGUGGUUCCGCUCCAAGUACCACCCUGACGACAUCGCCGCCAAGAAGGCGGAGUCUCUGGCUGCACUUAAGACCCGCCUGGGGGUCUUUCUCUUCCUGCUAGACAACAGCUGGCUGGACAACAUGUCGCUAGACAUGGAGCACGCCCCCGCCAUCAUCAAACUGCUGGACGCAGCGGUGAUAAAGAUGGAGGGAGGGACAGACCUGGACCUGCAGGUCCUGGAGGUUCCGUCGGCCCCUGCGGCGCCCAGCGGGGAGGUGAAGAGUCAGCAGGGAGAGUCCAGCGGAGGAAGCGUGAGCGCACCGGCAGUCUCAGAGUCGACGGCGGGUCAGACGGACGAGGCGAAGGGUGAAGAAACAGGAGAGACGAAAGACUCUGAGAAGGAACGUGAAGAAGAAGCCAAGCAGAACGGAGACAAGGAGAAAGAGGAGGAAGGAGAGGAGGAGGAGAAGAAGGAGGAGGAAGAAGAGGAGGAAGAGGAGGAGAAGACCACAAAGAAAGGCAGGAAAAGGAAACGCAGCGUGUCGGCAGACAGCGGCGAGGGCAGCGCCUCCGACUCAGACUCCUCCCACUCUGACGCAGAGAAGGACGACGAAGAAGAGAAGGAGGAAGAGGAGGAGGACGGGGAGAACGAGCGGCGGAAGAGAAAGGAGCAAGGGAAGGAGAGAGAGAAGGAGGCUCCAGCCAGGCCCCGCCCCCUCCACCUGACCACGUCGUUGUUCAUCAGGAGCAUCCCCCCGGAGGUGUCGAAGGAGGAGAUCACUGCGUUGUGUCGCAGGUACCCCGGCUUCCUGCGGGUGGCGCUGUCUGACCCUCAGCCAGAGAGGAGGUUCUUCAGGCGCUGCUGGGUGACCUUUGACCGCAGUGUGAACAUAAAGGAGACGUGCUGGAACCUGCAGAACAUCAGGCUCAGGGACUGCGAGCUCGCCCCGGUGGUCAACAGAGAUCUGUGUCGGCGCGUUCGGGCCGUUAACGGUCUGACUCACCACAAACCGGUGGUCAGGAACGACAUCAGACUAUCGGCCCGACUCAUCCACAGUCUGGACCAGAAGGGGGCGCUGUGGGCCGGAGAGAUGGAGACCAACCCGGUCCUGAAGAACAUCACGGACUACUUGAUCGAGGAGGUGAGCGCCGAGGAGGAGGAGCUGACGGGAGCCUCGGGGACCGCAGACGAGGGGGCGGACGGAAAAGACCCCGCCUCCUCUGAGGUGACGGUGGAGACAGACGAUAAGCUGCUGGAGGUCCUGGACCGGCUGCUGCUCUACCUGCGUCUGGUCCACUCUGUAGAUUAUUAUAACUUCUGUGAGUACCCUGCCGAGGACGAGAUGCCUCAUCGCUGCGGCCUGAUCCACGUACGAGGACCCCUACCUGUGGGCAAGAUCACUGCAGCUGAAGUGAGCGAACAUCAGAGGAUGUGUGAGGAGCGCCUGGCUCCGCUGCUCUCCCUCUCAGAGACUCUGAGCGACGAAGACGCCGCCAGGCUGGGAAAGAAGGAGCCGGAGCAGGAGGUGGAGAAGUUCCUGUCGGCCAACACUCAGGAGCUCAGUAAAGACAAGUGGCUCUGUCCUCUGAGCGGGAAGAAGUUCAAGGCCCCGGAGUUCGUCCGCAAACACAUCCUGAACAAACACGGCGAGAAGGUGGCUGCCGUCAGACAGGAAGUGACCUUCUUCAACAACUACCUGCUGGACGCCAAGAGGCCCGCUCUACCCGAGAACAAGCCCCUCCCACCACCAGCACAAGCUGCUCCUCAGAGUCUGCCUGGAUUUCCCGGUCAGUCGCCACAGCAGCAAAGCCUUCUGGGAUAUCCACCUGGAGUCAGACCGCCGAUGCCUGGCUUCCCCGGCGUAGGACCGCCCUACCUCCCCAACCAGUUCGGGGCGGGGCGGGGCAACUUUGACAACUUCAGAGGUCCCAUGGGAGGAGGAGGGUUUCCAGGGAAACAGAGGAACAGGGGCGUGCGAGGGGACCCCCGCUCCAUCAUCGAGUACAGAGACCUGGACGCCCCCGACGACCUCGACUUCUUUUAAACCCAGACCGUGAAACCACAGGAUGUUUUUUUAGACCUUUUUUAUUCCUACAUGUCCCAUGAUUCCUUUGAUUGCCCCCAUGUUUGUUUUUGUCUUUUUUUGUUGUUUUUUUAGCGUUAGGUGUUUGUGUCCGCCAGCAGGACCAACGUUUCUGUCAUUAGUACAAAUGAUCUGAAUCAAAUUUCCAAUAAAGACACAGACACUGAAGACCA